UCUUUGUUCUAAUGAACCUGUUCAGACCUAAUGGUUGUUUAAAGCUUCACAUGCCCUAUGGUGUGAUGUUUUCUCCAUUCUGUAGGUGUUUGCUGUCAGACAGGGAGUGUGAGGUCCUGGAGAAUGAGGUGUGGGUGGCAGAGAAACAUACUCAGGAGGUAGUUAGGCUUCUGCUGGCAGAGCCGGAGAUUCCUGCACCUCAGGAACACCAGCACUCCCUCCCUGAGCUGCUCUCCUGUCUGCACACUGAACCUCAAUGUGAUGACACAGACAGAUCCUGCUACCCUUCACUACUACCACUAAUGACCCCUGACCCCAUUCUCACACACACACUGGCUGUAGAGACACACACAGCUGUGAACACACACAGGACAGAGGUGGACACGAUGGAGCAGUUCACUCCACUCACUCUCACUCAGAUAGAUGAAUUGGUGGGAGAGGGUGAGAAUAUGGUUUCACCUGCAGCGGAGAACAGAGAUACAGAGAACGCUGUUCCUGCUCGUAUAUGCAAGAGCAAAACUGUGAUCUUCGUUCUGCAGGAGCACGAUUCUCCAAAACGAGAAACUGAGGAGAAAGUCUGUGUGUCAUCAAAGACAAGUUCAGAUGCUGUGUGUUCAUCAGCCAGGAAUACUCCAACAGAUCCUGCUGAUGUGUCUGACAACAAAGCCAAACACAAGAGUCUGCUGAAGUCUGGACCAAAACCAGUUCCUUACAGUCAUUCUCAGGAGAACCCACAAAAUACAGGUGCUCUCAGUCAUCCAGUGAGAGGUACUGAUACAAGCACAAGCCUGCUGAGGUCCACACCACACACAGUCACUCACACACCCCUGAGAAAAGAAAACAGAAAUACUUUCUCUGAGAGUGUGACACAUCAGACCGGGAAUUUCAGACUGCACUCUACUCACUCUGCUCAUAAACCCUCUGCUGAGACCCCAGCUGUAGACAGACGCCUGAGUGUGUGCUACACACCAAGGAAACGUUCAGCAAGUGCACAGAGAGACCUGCCUUUAGAGAACCGGCAUGUCACAGAUCAUCACAAUGAUCCAGCUACACACAGAAAAGCUCCUUCACCAAAUCUAGAACAUGCAUAUUCAAACAAAGAUACUGCAACAGAUCUCCUGCAGAUGAGUCCUACACAUCAGCUUUCUCAGGACAUGACUGAACAGGAGCACGUUAGAGUACAGCAGGAGAAGAAGACUUCCACCACUUCUACUUCACACACUCAGUCCUUUCCAAGUAAUCACACAAAUCAUCUGAGUGAUCUCCUUCCUGAGAAUCCAUCCAAGAACAGUGCUGUGCUUGAGCCUCUAUCAACCCCUCACACAUAUGAAGAGAUUGUAUCACACACUCGAAAUGCUGCUUCACACACACCGAAACACCAGAAUUCAGGACAGACCCUGACACCAACCAGAUCUCCUCAUCGAGCCGAGGAGCAAACUCCAGAUUCAGGACCGAGGAGCAGCACUGGGAUGAAAAGGGCCAGGUUGUGUGUGCAGAGGCCUCAGGAGUUUUUGGACCCUGUGUCUUCCUUUAUGAUGUUGAGAGGAGUUCUGAGGUUUCAGCUGGAACAAAGAGCUGAAGAGACACCACAGUGCACCACAGAUAAACAGACAGCUACAGGACGUAGUGAUGUAUUAAACAGACUGCAUCACUCAAGUUGUAUUGUUUCAGUGGCCGAGUCCAGUCAGGAGUCUACACUGAAACCUACAGAUGGAUUAGAUAAGACAGUGGUAGAGCAGGCCACAGAGAAGAAGAAGAACCCUGAGUCCAGCUGUCCUGUUCCAGAAAGAUCUACCUGUGAAACUGUACAUGUGCCACCCACAGACACAGAGAAACGAGCGUACUGGGAGCUGCAUGCGCUGGUUUCUCCGGUUCUUUACAGAGCCCUCAGCUCAGGUUCUCUCAGCAAUACGGAUUUCAGCAGUCUGACUCCUGAACACACACGAGUCUGUCUCAAAGAGCAGGAGAAGCUGCUCGCUGCAGGACGAGGGAAGGAAUGUGAUUAUAACAAUGUGGCAUUGCUUCAUAUCUUGGUCACAUUAAAGGACCUGCUGCUCAGGUGUGACCUGAACACUGCAACAGGUCAUCUGGAGGCGGCACACUCCACCUGUACGAUUGAUGGCCUGGGAGAACUGCUGAGAAAAUUUCAGGUGCUGCAAUAUCUGAGCAGGAAGUGGGCGGAGCCUUGGCUCAGAGUGCAGCACCUGCAGGAGCACAUCAGCACCUGGCUGCAGAGCACAUAUGAUCAGAAAAUUCUGAUUGUGAUUGCAGUGGAGAAUGUAAGGGCGGAGUUAGUAAUGGCUCUUAAUCAGAUACCAGGAAACUCUGUAGCUGCACUAAUUCCAGAACAUGACAGCAGAGUGAACUUUAAGAAUCUUAUAAACAGUCGUUGCGUUGUAGUGUGUGUGCAGCAUCUGCAGUGUGGGUUUCCGUGGUGGAGAUUCAGCACAGUGUUGGAGUUUCAGUGUUCGGGUGACUCUGCUGUCAGGAGCAUCUGCACCAAGAACAAGAUCAACUACACCUGCUUCACCACAGCAGCACCAUGUACAGAUCCAGGACCAUUAGCGAUGUUCUGCCCUUCUCUGGACUGUGUUCCUUUUGUGCUGUUUAUCACUGAGGGCUUACUGAAGUACCGUGACCUGCUGCAGCUGCUGGAGUCAACGUAUAACAUGACUCUCCUGGAGAGGAUCCACUCUCCUUCUCUAUCACGGCUGGGGCCCACACACCUGUAUGACAUCAUCACUGUUGAUGAGAACACUGCGAUUCUGGUGCAGGAACUCCGCGAGCUGGAGCAUGAGCGAGCAGCUGAACGUGUGGUUCUGAGACUCUCAGCUCUGUCGCUGCAGUUUAGCUGCUGUUGGCUUCUACUGCACUUCUCUGAUGACUACAGCGCACUUGUGCGUGGUGAAGUGUUUAGUAACCUGACCUUAAUUUACUCGGCCUUACUGCUGUUUGGACACAAGUCAGAUGGACUGGAUCUUAAAGUGUUGCUGGUAUUAAACGUAGCAGAAAUAGCACAUUGUGUUCAUCAAGUCUGCCUUCACACUCUGCUCAACUCACAGAGAGAAGUGUGUGUGUGGCUCGAGCGAGAGUGGUUCAGCAUACUGCCCACUGAGGAGGAGCAGUUCUUGCUGUGUUUCCCGUGUGUGAACAGUGUUGUAGCUCAGCUGCUGCUUAAUCGAGCUCCAUCUUUACAAUGGCUGCUGGAAGCUUCACACACUCAGCUGGAGGAGAUGUUUCCUGAGAUCACACCUUCUGUCAUUAAACUCUUCAGUGACAUUACCACUGCACACAGACUCAGUGCUGCAGCUACACAGUGUGAAGAUGAAAGCGCACACAUGCACUCCUGGGGUCUGGAUGAGGAGGAGCCUCUCUCACACACACCUCCUUCUUUAAACCCCUUCUGCAUUAACUCUUCCAUAGUGACACACACCCCUCGCUUCAUACAGGAGCCUGGAACUCUGGGUAAUGGCCAUUUUGGGGAGGAGUCUGAGUGUUUUAUGAGCACACAUUUGUCUGAAGAGCAGACACAGGGUGCAGGAGAUUUCAGUGGAGUAGGAGACGAUAAACAGUGGAAUCCCAGUCUCUCUUUUACACACUCACACACUGUUCCCUCAACACCGUUUACCCAGAACCCCCUUCCUCACCCGACUCCUCCUUUCCCAUCACACUCAACCCAUCAGCAGUGGCGAGGCAUGAGCGCUGCUCAGACACCUGAGAGAUAUACAGAAAGGAAAAGGCCAGGAGGGGGUGGCUUAGGCAUGGGUACACAACACACACACACACCAUUAUUUCCCCACAGUAAGAGAGGACGGCUUCUGUUUGAGAGGGUCCCAGGACGGAGUGAUGGACAGACACGUCUCAGGUUUUUCUGAGCAAAUGCUGCUGUGCUCUUCUACACUACACACACUCCUCACAUUAACUAACACACACACACACACACACACACACACACACACACACACCACACACACACUUCCUCAUGUACUUAUAAACAGUACAUUUUUGUUAGUU